AAAAUGACCCUCAACAACGUUACCAUGCGUCGCACCCACAACAGCAGCCUGCAGCAGCAGCAGCAGCGAUGGAGCAUCCCUGCUGAUGGAAAGAACCUGCUGGUCCAGAAAGACUCCAAUGAGUACAACCCACAGAAGCGAUACACCAUCAGUCCUGAUGAGUAUUACAGAAGGAGCUGGUCCUCGGAGUCGUCCGACUCUGUCAUCUCCUCUGAGUUCGGUAGCAAUUGCUACCGGGUGGUGCUGAUCGGGGAGCACGGCGUAGGCAAGUCCUCACUAGCCAACAUAUUUGCAGGGGUGCACGAAAGCAUCGACAGCGACUGCGAGGUGCUAGGAGAAGACACGUAUGAAAGGACUCUGAUGGUGGAUGGGGAAAGUGCUACCAUUAUACUGCUCGACAUGUGGGAUAAUAAGCGUGAGGGAGAAUGGAUUCGAGACCACUGCAUGCAAGUGGGAGACGCAUACUUGAUCGUCUACUCCAUCACAGACCGGGCGAGUUUUGAGAAGGCCUCUGAGCUCAGAAUACAGCUCCGCAGGGCACGCCAGAAAGAAGACAUCCCCAUUAUUUUAGUUGGGAACAAAAGUGACCUUGUCAGGUGCCGUGAAGUUUCAGUGGCAGAGGGGAGAGCCUGUGCUGUUGUGUUUGACUGCAAGUUCAUUGAGACCUCAGCAGCUGUGCAGCACAACGUGAAAGAGCUGUUUGAAGGCAUUGUGCGGCAAGUCCGGCUCCGGAGGGACAGCAAGGAAAAGAAUGAGAAGCGUCUGGCGUACCAGAAACGGAGAGAGAGCAUCCCCAAGAAAGCCAGGCGGUUUUGGGGCAAAAUAGUUGCCAAGAACAAUAAGAAUAUGGCCUUCAAACUCAAGUCCAAGUCUUGCCAUGAUCUAUCAGUACUUUAGGAAUGUUGGACUCUGCCAGAGCUUGUGGCAUUUUGUGGACAUUAUCUAACUAUGUCAUGGGACAAUCAAUCAAUCUAUAUUAGAUUGGGCUACCAAAGUGACUUAGGUUCACCAUUGUGAUUGUGAUGAUACGUGCUGGCAUAAGAACAGCACAGUGCAUGGAAAUAUCUCUCUACCUUUUUUUUUCUCAGUAGUUUUAAAAAGAAAAGUAUAUACCAGAAUGACCCAAAGUUAUGCUGGGAAGAGUUCUGGGAUAUACCUGUUCUUUCUCCUCUCAUCUUUGGAUAAUAGUGUAAGAACUUCAAACCACCAUGUCUUGGGAAGUGAAUACUACAGUC